CAUCAACACCACCAGCAGAGCGGCCGAUAACAACUGUGCUGGUGCGCAAAGUUUCCCGCCAAAGCGCCAACCGCUCCAUCAGUCCAUCACCGCUUUUUGCUCUCGACAGUCGCACUCGCAAGUGACAACAGGCGCCAAAAUACAUUUGUGAUGUGCAGCAAAAGUGAAUUGGUUCAUGAAUUGCCUGGCUGGUGAUUCCAUAAUGGACGCCAACAAGGUCGUGUUGGAAUGUUAGCCCUGUACAGUUUUCAGGGUCGUCAAUGCAAGAAAUGACUGUAAUAGGCAGUCUCGCCUCGUAGCCAAACUGUUGCAAAGCAGAACAUGGUGUCGGAAACGGAAUCGUCGCUCUUGCCAGUCUUCACGGCCGCCCUUACGGCCUUUCCCAUUGUGGCUCUGGCCGCAACGGUGAACGGUGCGACGCGGGAGCUUGUCUAUAAGCGGAGGCUCGGCCCCGACAUAGCACACCCGCUUUGCGCCAGCGUCGAUGUGGCCUGCUUUUCCGCUGUGGCGAAUCGGCUGUUGGCAGGCCUGGAGGCAAAGUUGGAGCAGCCCCGCGGUCUUCGCACCGGGCAGCUUUUGCUCAUCGGCGCCGUCUGGGCCGGAUGCAUCGCGGCCUUUGAGGCUGGCCUUGGCAGGCUUGCGCCGCCGCCGGCCGUGCCGCCGCCAGCUGCCGCCGCCAGCUCAGCAGAAGCAGCCACAGCUGACAUACCAGGCCAACUGGGUCCAGAUGCUGGUGCGGAUACAGGCGAAGCCGCCCCCGGCGAAGGUGCUGCGUCAGCAACAGGCGUGGCAGCGGCGGCUGCGCCGACGUCCACGUCGCAGCCGACGGAAAGUCGCCAAGGCAGCGCAGCGGCCGCAGCCUCAGGCGGCGCCAUCACAGCCCGUGGCACCACAGCGGCCCCUCUUGAGCGCCGAAGCCAACAGCAGCAGCAGCAACAGGGUCAGGCGCCUUCCUCCAACCCCACCUCCAGCCCCACUUCGUUCUGGGAGGACGGACGCGUGCUCCCCUACCUGCUGGCCGUGAUGGCGGCGGUGCCGGUGGCGGUGGGCUGGGCGCGCAGGUGGGGCCGGGGCUGAGAUGCAGCAAGCGCUGCUGGGCCAGCAGCACCGCACCAGACCAGACUGGAAGGCUGGGAAGGCAGUGCUUUGGGGGGUUACAGGGUGGGGGCUGGAGUGGCCGCGCCCGCGUUUGGCAACUCAACACGCGGGCUAUGCGGCAGCGCUGGCUCGUGUUGGUGCGUGCGGUUGCGGGAUGUGGCCGGGCUGCAGCGUCACGACAGGACUGGUGUCUUAGUCUAAAAGGCAUGGACACACGAAAGGCCAGUAGUGAGUGCGAUGAUACAGCGCGAGUACUGAGCAUCAACAGCAGGUCUGGUGGACAGCAACUGGUGAAGAGGCAGCCGGCGGCAUGGUCAAAACCGCAUGAACAUUACUCGUUUCUUGUACCGUUUGGCGCGUGGAUAAUGUUUAGGCAGAGAGGAUGCCGUGGCAGGACGCGGAUUGCCUGAUUGCUGGCCGGCAGGGCGUGGUGGCAGACUGGGCAACAGUUCUGGCGGCGGCGGCCCUCUACACGGCCGUUCUAUAUUUAACGGCGCCGCAAAUGUACCGCUUCGGGUCUUAGGCCGCUGGUGCACGAGAACAGUGUUUGGCGAUCGGCUGCGUGAGGCCCUUGGUCCUGGGGCUGUGCGGGCCUGCUCCGGUGCCAGUGGUAGGCGGCGCAGGUCGGGCAUACAGCGCUGGGCAGCAGCGGCGUGAGAACUGGCGGCUGGCUGUUCCGUUCGGCGUUGAUACACGAGUGUUUAACGUUGAUUCAAUGCCGGCGAGCCCGCGAUGCCCGAGCCUGGUGCUGGUGGACUGAGGCGGGAGGUGACUUAGGCUGGGCAGCAGCAGCCGCGUGGCAGCGGUGUGUCAGCGAGCGGCUUACUUAGUGGGCGGCUGUGAUUGCACAGUU